CAUGACAGAAUCGGAAAAGGAUUCAAGCACUGUCACAGAAGGUGCGACGCAAAACAAUCGGAACUUCUUCAACAGUACUUCAGAGUUUUUCAAAUGCAACUGGAAAGUGAUUUUACCUUUUAUUGCUGUAAUUCUACUGUUCUCUGUUACCGUUUUCACGAAAAAGGACAUCACUUUUGCAGUCAACAUCUGGGUUUUUCCAAGUUUUGCUGUGCUCAUGGCAUCCUAUGUGUGCUCAGUUCUCAGUGUGCAAAACUGGAUUCCUGCUCUCCGACAUCAAGACUUUUGGCAAAAUCAAGGUCCGCCAUUUUAUCCAGUUGUCAAUGCAGCCCCUGCUCCACCCCCACCACCAAGCUACCCUCCCCCUCCUCCACCUAACACCAUAAAAGGACAUAAGGGCCAACGAAUCGACUGUAGAAAACUGUCUUGGGAGCAACUCAGCCCAGACCUCCUCAAGCAAGACACCAUCUGGAAAAAGGUUAAAGAACAUCUGCCUUUGGAAGGUAUUUUUGACUCUGAUGAUAUAAUAAGGGAAUUUUCUGUCACGUCAUUGUCAGGGAGUUCACUGAAAAAGACCAAAAGAGAAAAUGCAAUGGACGAAAAGAAGAUUUUCAAUGUCUCAAUCAUUUUGACGCAUUACAAACUUAAAGCAGAAGGCGUUAAACAAUGCUUGAUGUCCGGGACCACACAGCUUACAUCUGAAGUACUAAGACAGGUGUUGGCAUUUGCACCGGAUGAUCAAGAGGCCCGAGCUUUACGGAAAAUGGAGAGAGAAAACAAGAUUUCACUUGAGCCAGCUGAGCGAUUUUAUCUUCAGGUUGCAGCGACUGUGCCUUCCUACAAAGCAAGACUCCGCACUGUUUUACUCAAAGCUCAGUUACAAGAAAGGAUCGCACAAAUCAAACCACAUCUUGAAACAGUCAUUACCGCCUGCCAAGAGCUUAUGGCUUGUGAAAAACUCCCAAAAUUCAUAGAGAUGGUCUUGACCAUGGGGAACAUCAUGAAUGGUAGCCAAACCUCCGCCUUUAAGAUAACUUUUGUUACAAAGCUGAUGGAUUACAAAUCAUCUUUGAACAAGGCCACUUCUAUGUUAGACUACCUAACCCGAGUUAUCAUCACAAAAUGUCCGCACAUCGCCGCUUUGGGAGAUGAUCUCAGACACGUGGAAAAAGCAUCAAAAGUUCCAUUUAAUUCUCUUGACAAGGAAAUAUGCGAGCUGUCCGCAGAAAUUGAGGUCCUUGCAGAAGACGUAGAGAAAAUAAACAACGAUAGUGUAGAGGAAGACUGCUUCAGUGCAAGUAUUGGACUUUUUGCUGUUUCGGCAAAGGAAGACCUUAAGGACGUGUUAUCGCUUCGGAGGAAUGCCAAGCGGAGCUUUAGCCUCCUUGUGCAGUACUUUGGCGAAGAGAGUGAUAAACCGGAGGAAUUUUUUGGAAUCUUCGCAACAUUCCUACGGCAAUUUGAGGAUGUGUUGAAGACGUAUAGAUGAAGAUGCAACGCUGAGUCACCAAGAAAAUAAAUUUAAAUUCAAAGUAACAAAGUGCCC